AUGGCUCCCAAGAGAUCUGCUGAUUCCGAGUCUCCCUCCACCCCCAGGGCGAGCAAGAAGACCAAGGAUGCAAUUGCGAAGCGCACCCCAGCUAAGCGUACCCCAGUCAAGAACGCCUCAGCCAAGAGCACCCCGGUCAAGGGCCUGACGAAGGGCGAGUCUACCGCUGAAAAGGAUCUGAUGUUCCUCUGGACUUGCAUCAAGUUCUCUGGUGGCAUUGACCUCAAGGCUACAGAGGUGGCCAGGGAAUUGGGCAUGUCGACCACCACCAUUGGCAAGAAGUUCUGGCGUCUUCGAAAGAAGCUUGAGGACAAUCAGCCUUCCCAGACUGCCAGCGAGAAGCAGGCUAGCGAGGAUAACGGCGCAGAGCAGGCAAAUGAGGAGGCCGAGGCAGAGCAGUUGAGCGAGGAGAAUGAGGCAGAGCAGGUGGUUGAGGAUAACGACGCAGAGCAGUAA